AUGAAGCUGGCUGCAGUGGCCUUUUGCUUGUGCCUCAUCGCAGGCGCCGUAUGGCUGGGCCUCACACUGACAACAUCAACUGAGUCCGGAGAGACAGUAGAAAGCUGUGUUGCUGAACCCAUCGAGGAAGCAGAUGCUUCAUUCUGCAGUAACCUGGAAGUUACCUACGUGGAGGUGGGGAACGUCACCUGCAAAAUCAUUCCUCAGUGUAACCAUUUCAGACAGAAGAUCACCGCGUGGCCUCCGCCCCAAGUCAAAUUCCGAGAAGCCGAGAGCGAUAAAUCGUACGUGCUGGUGAUGGUGGAUCCGGAUGCGCCCAGCAGGAAUGAGCCCACCAUGAAAUACUGGAGACACUGGGUGGUGUCCGACAUCAUAGGUGCUAACAUAAAAAAUGGGCUUCCUCGGGGCAAUGUGCUAACCGCAUACGAGCCUCCUACCCCACCCCCGACCACGGGUCUACAUCGCUACCAGUUCCGCCUCUAUCGUCAGGGAGACAAGCAGGUCUCCAUCUCAAGUAACGAAAACAAAAACCGAGGUGCUUGGAACCUAGACAAAUUUCUGGCGGAUCACAAUCUGAGCAUUCUUGAGGCAAGCACCCAAUACAUGACGGAGUUUGAUGGGGAAAUACCCAACUUUAAUAAAGUUCAAAGGGAUGACGGGGAUGACACAGAAGAUAACUGAUGACAAGGUAGAAGAUAACUGUUCACUGA